UUGAGGCCACUAUUUAACCGCGUUGCGGCCGCGCUGCGACCUGUUGUGAUCCCAACAUGGCGCGCUACGCCCGUGUCGCCACGCUACUUGCGUGUGUCUUGUUCGCCUGCGCGGUGACGGAGGCGCACAGAUGGAAGCGGCAGUCGGACGACUCGAAGAAGGACGAGACGCUGGAGCAGGAGCUGUGCAAGGACAAGGACGCGGGCGAGUGGUUCCGCCUGGUGGCCGGCGACGGAGACAACUGCCGCGACGUCAUCCAGUGCACGGCCUCCGGCAUUCAAGCUAUCCGUUGUCCGGCCGGGCUCUACUUCGACAUAGAGAAGCAGACGUGUGACUGGAAGAACGCGGUGAAGAACUGCAAGCUGAAGAACAAGGAGAGGAAGGUGAAGCCUCUGCUGUACACGGACGAGCCUCUGUGCCAGGACGGCUACCUGGCCUGCGGGGACACCACGUGCGUGGAGCGCGGCCUGUUCUGCAACGGAGAGAAGGACUGUGUCGACGGCUCCGACGAAAACUCUUGCGACAUCGACAACGACCCGAACCGCGCGCCGCCGUGCGACUCCACGCAGUGCGUGCUGCCCGACUGCUUCUGCUCCGAGGACGGCACCGUCAUCCCCGGCGACCUGCCCGCCAAGGACGUCCCGCAGAUGAUCACCAUCACCUUCGACGACGCCAUCAACAACAACAACAUCGAACUCUACAAGGAAAUCUUCAAUGGAAAGCGUAAAAACCCGAACGGUUGCGACAUCAAGGCCACGUACUUCGUGUCGCACAAGUACAGCAACUACUCCGCCAUCGCCGAGACGCACCGCAAGGGACACGAGAUCGCCGUGCACUCCAUCACGCACAACGAUGACGAGCGCUUCUGGAGCAACGCCACCGUGGACGACUGGGGCAAGGAGAUGGCCGGCAUGAGGGUGAUCAUCGAGAAGUUCGCCAACAUCACAGACAACAGCGUAGUGGGCGUGCGCGCGCCCUACCUGCGCGUGGGCGGCAACAACCAGUUCACCAUGAUGGAGGAGCAGGCCUUCCUGUACGACAGCACCAUCACGGCGCCGCUGUCCAACCCGCCGCUGUGGCCCUACACCAUGUACUUCCGCAUGCCGCACCGCUGCCACGGCAACCUGCAGUCCUGCCCCACGCGCUCGCACGCCGUGUGGGAGAUGGUCAUGAACGAGCUGGACCGCCGCGAGGACCCCACCAACGACGAGUACCUGCCCGGCUGCGCCAUGGUCGACUCCUGCUCCAACAUCCUCAGCGGGGACCAGUUCUACAACUUCCUGAACCACAACUUCGACCGGCACUACGACCAGAACCGCGCGCCGCUCGGCCUGUACUUCCACGCCGCGUGGCUCAAGAACAACCCCGAGUACCUGGACGCCUUCCUGUACUGGAUCGACGAGGUGCUGGCCAACCACAACGACGUGUACUUCGUCACCAUGACUCAGGUCAUCCAGUGGAUGCAGAACCCGCGCACCAUCAGCGAGGCCAAGAACUUCGAGCCGUGGAGGGAGAAGUGCGCGGUGGAGGGCACGCAGGCCUGCUGGGUGCCGCACUCGUGCAAGCUCACGUCCAAGGAGGUGCCCGGCGAGACCAUCAACCUGCAGACGUGCGUGCGCUGCCCGUCCAACUACCCCUGGCUCAACGACCCCACGGGCGACGGCCACUACUAGCUGCCUAGAUCUCGCGCCGAACGCGCACAAUAUUAGCUUUUUAUUGGAAAGGAAGCCAAGAAUAACAUAUUUGAAGUUCAUGAAAUAACUUUACAUAUGGAAGAGACUAGGUACAAAACAAAUGCUUCUUGUGUUAUUCGUGAAUUCCUAAAUGUACCGGGUCAUAAUCCCGCUCGUAGUUUAAGUACCUACCUACAUAAUAUGUAAUAUAGACUCACAUAAAUAUUUAAUAGGCCUGUUUUGUACUUUAUGUGAUUUUGUAAUGUAAGUCUGUUUGAUAAAUUGAAAAAUACAAAUACAAAUUAA